AUGCCUUCUGUAAUUUCACCUCAGUGGCAGGAUAAGGCUUCUGGUUUCUUUUCUUCCUCAGGGGUAAAGCUUAAAGAAGCCAGGGAGUCAGCAGGAACAUUUGUUGGCGAGGUCACAAAGGAUACAAAGAGUAACGUAGCUGAAGUGGCGGGACGAGUUGGAACGAUAGUCAAAAGUCGGUGGGCACUUCUUCAGCAGCCGUCCACAAGACAUGCUGUACAGGAUCGAAUGAUUUCAGCUGCUGCUACAACUGGUGCGUUCCUGAGGAGAGGUUUGUCUGGGACAAAAGAAAAGGUGGUUGUGGGAAAAUCCAAGGUUGAAGAGGUGGCAAAAGUAACAGCACAAAAGAGUAAAAUCAUCUUGACAGACAUUGAAAGAUGGCAGAAGGGAGUUGCUAGGAAUGAUGUAUUUGGAGUUCCUAUUGAGGUUACUGUACAGAGGCAAGAUUGCAUCAGGCCUAUUCCUCAGAUACUGAUCAAAUGUGCAGAUUAUCUUAUAGUAUCAGGAUUGAAUCUGCCAUAUCUUUUUAAGUCUGAAGGGGACAAAAAGGUUAUUCACCAGUUGGUUUCCCUAUACAACCAAGAUUCAACUGCUUCAGUGCCAGAAGGCUCAAAUCCAGUUGAUGUAGCAGCUCUUGUGAAAUAUUAUCUUGCUAGCCUUCCCGAGCCUCUGACAACAUUUGAGCUUUAUAAUGAGAUCAAAGGUGCCCGAUCCAAUAUAUAUUCCAUGAGAAACAUACUUAAGAGGCUUUCCAGUGUGAACUAUAUGACUCUGGAGUUUAUAACCGCACUUUUGCUCCGUGCUAGCCAGAAGGCACUUCUCAAUAAGAUGGACUCUCGGAGCCUUGCGUUGGAAAUGGCACCUGUUAUCAUGUGGCAAAAAGAACAUAGACCUGAAUUUUAUCGUCAAUACUGGAGUCAAAUGUCAGAAAGUCCUUCCAAACAGAGCUUGGAUCCAGAACCUGGUUCAACUACCUGGGACUUGCUUGCUGAUGACGGUGAAGCUACUGAUGCAUCUUCUUUUAUUCCUUUGGAUGAUGGCAUGCCAGUUGACUAUGGUGCAAUCGAGGUUGUUCAGUUGCUCAUAGAACAUCACAAUGCAGUCUUCACUGAUGCCAAUGAGACAGUUUGGAAAUAA